AUCUCAGACCAACCCUCCAAUAAAUAGAGAGAAGAGUUUUUGCUGGUCCACACCUUCCACUUCCAUUUCCAGAAACAUGACCAAGGCAAUACCAGAGGUGUGCCUUCUAUUAGAGGACCUGUCUUUCUCCAGGCAUCUAAGCUUUAUAUAUUCUAGAAGAGUGACAGCUAUAUUGUGAGAGUCAAAGCUGUGGUUAUGACCCGAGAUGACUCCAGUGGAGGAUGGUUGCCGCAAGAAGGAGGCGGUCUCAGUAGAGUUGGUGUCUGCAAGGUCAUGUGCCCAGAGGGCAGCGGAAGAAGUGGGUUUCUGAUCCACGGAGAAAGGCAAAAAGACAAACUGGUGGUAUUGGAAUGCUAUGUGAAGAAGGACUUGGUCUACACUAAAGCAAACCCUACAUUUCACCACUGGAAAGUCGACAACAGAAAGUUUGGGCUCACUUUUCUAAGCCCUGCUGAUGCACGAGCGUUUGAUAGAGGUGUGAGAAAAGCCAUUGAAGAUCUCAUGGAAGGAUCUACAACUUCAUCCUCAACAAUCCACAAUGAGACUGAAGUUGGAGAUGAUGAUGUCUUUACAAAUGCUACAGACAGCUCCUCUAAUUCUUCUCAGAAGAGGGAGCAGCCUUUGCGAACUCUGGCAUCUCCUCCAUCCUGUGAGCAGCACAGAAUUUGCACCCGGGGACAUUUGCACGACCAGUUCAACCCUGACCAGUAUCAUCUAGAACAAUCAAUCCCGCGAUCCUAUCGGCACGUCAGCUUCCCGGAUGACGACGAGGAGAUUGUGCGGAUUAACCCACGGGAAAAGAUCUGGGUGACGGGUUACGAGGACUACCGGCACACCCCCAUGCGGGAGAAGUACAUUGAUCCGGACGAUGGGGACUCGUAUGUGCGAUUUGCCAAAACCGAGGCCUCCAAACACGAUUACAAUUACCCUUACGUGGGCAACUCCGACUUCGACCUGUGCGGAGACAUCAAGGGCGCUGUGGUGAAGACUCAGCCCGCCAGGUGCAAAUCGCGGCGGCGGAAGGAGGAUGGGGAGAGGUCCAGGUGCGUCUACUGCAGGGACAUGUUCAACCACGAGGAGAACAGGCGGGGCCAGUGCCAGGAUGCCCCGGACAGAAUAAGGAGUUGCAUCCGCCAAGUCAGCUGUAUGUGGUGUGCGGACAGCAUGCUCUAUCACUGUAUGUCUGACCCAGAAGGAGACUACACAGACCCUUGCUCUUGCGAUACCAGUGAUGAAAAGUUUUGCCUCCGGUGGUUGGCCCUCAUCGCCUUGUCUUUCCUCGCCCCCUGUAUGUGCUGUUACCUGCCCCUUCGGGCCUGCUAUCACUGUGGGGUCAUGUGCAGGUGCUGCGGCGGGAAGCACAAAGCAUCUGGAUGACGAACACUCGAAGCUUGUGAAGUACUUUGCGUUUCCCCUUUUAGCUAAGGAGCGUCUUGGUCC